AUGGACAACAUUAUAAUGAAAGCAUCUUACCAAGCUUCUUAUCACGGUUAUGCUACGACAGAGGCUAAUCUCUCUCGUGGUCGGAAAUUAUACUGUCUCGCGCAAUGUACUCCUGAUAUAAUUGGUUUACAGUGUGAAAGAUGCUUGCAUUUUGCUUAUGGAGAUAUGCUGGAUGAUUGUUGUAGAAGCCAAACGCUGGCGAUACUUCGGCCUAGUUGUAUGCUGAUUUAUGAUACAACACCAUUUUAUGCAAUGUUGCCACCACCUCAGCCUUCUUCACCACUCCCACCAGGAUCCAGUGCUGCUGCAAACAAGAGUCGUAACGGUGCUAUUUACUACAUUAUUAGAGCUGGAAUUCCUGCUGUAAGCUUCAUAGUUCUUCUUCUUUGUGCCAUUAUUGCUUUCUACGUUCAUAAAAUGAGAAAGAAGAAACAACGUUCGGGUAAGUUCUACAUGCUGUAG